GUUGAGUCUCAAGCACACAGAGCAUCAGUGGACGCAAGCCGUACCACUCAACAACUCGAAGAGACCGUAGAUGAGUUUCAGAAGCAGAAGCUCAAAGAUAUCCAGAAAAUCUUCUUAGAUUUCAUCAGCAUCGAGAUGGUUUUCCAUGCAAAAGCGCUGGAGGUUUAUUCCCAAGCAUUCCAAACUGUGGAAAGCUACGAUCCAGAGAAAGAUCUCGAGGACUUCAGAGCAAAAAUACAAGUGGCUUCUGGGAGGGUCUCCGACUCCAGUCCAGCCACCACCACCAACCCAAUCUCCAGCCUUCCGUGGUCCCCAGGAGCACAGAGCGUCCCUAGCACACUGCAGAAACUGACAUUUCUGGAGACGGAGGAAGGAUCUGAAGGAGACCAGACCCAAGAUUUCAGCACCGUCCAGCACCCCGAGAUCUGGCAGGUUGCCAGCAGGAACCCCUGACUCAUUUCUCCAUUCAUGAAUUUAGACUUUUUUGUUCCUCAGCUCAACUUUCUCUGCCCCUUUGGGUUUUCCUCCAGGCCAGUCUCAUCUCUCUGUCCUGCACUGACGUCAAAAUAAAACCUUUGUUU